AUGGCUGCACCGAGGAGACUUCGAAUGGCACUGCUCGAACACGAACUGGCUCAAGUAAGGUUCCAGUACAACCUGGUCCUGGCGGCAAUACUAGAAGCCGCCGAGAGGGAGCGACAGAGGGCCCGCAGAAGAGAAAGACGCUGGUGGGUGCGAGAGUUUAUCCUACGCAGACCCCUUUUCGGCCAGUACGAGACUCUCAUGAAGGAACUCGAGGCCGAGCACGCUGCCGACUUCAAAGCCUUCCUCCGCAUGGAGCCACAGAUGUACUAUGAGUUGCUUAACCGAGUUGGCCCCCGCAUUACCAAGAGUACAACGCAUCGAACCCCCUUGGACCCUGGACUGAAGCUGGCAAUCACCUUGAGGUUUUUGGCGACCGGAAGCAGGUACCACGAUCUUGCGUUUGCGUUUCGUGUCCCACACAACACCAUCGCCCUUUUCAUCCCCGAGGUGUGUCAGGCCAUCUACGACGUAUACGAGGAUGAGAUGUGGGCCACUCCCCAGACAGAGGAUGAAUGGCGCCCGGUGGCCGAGGGAUUCGGAGACAGGUGGAACUUCCCCCACUCUUGUGGCGCGAUCGAUGGGAAGCACGUCGCAAUCAAGAAGCCCCCCAAGAGUGGCUCACUCUACUACAACUAUAAAGGCUUCUUUUCUAUCGUCAUGCUUGCGGUGGUAGACUCGAACUACAAGUUCAUCUGGGUGGAUGUGGGGUCACCAGGGUCGUGUUCCGAUGCCGGCAUCUUUAACCGGUCGCGGCUAGAGCCAGGUCUUCGUGAGGGAACGAUCGGACACCCCAACCGGAUUCGCUGCUUAAUGACGACCGGGACACACCCUACUACAUGGUCGGAGACGACGCCUUCCCCCUUCGGCAAUACAUGUUAA